AUGUCAUUAACACUUGAAUUCAACAAAUUAUCACAAGAUUUAACAUUUUUAUUUCAAAAUUUUUCAUCUUAUAUAAAUUUAAAUGAUCAAUUUUGGUUAACAAUUGCCAGUAUAUCAUUCAAUCCAAUAUUUUGGAAUAUUGUAGCAAGAUAUGAAUAUAAAACACAUUUUUUAACAAAAAUUGUAGGAUCACCAAAAUUAGGAUGUUAUUUAUUAGCUAUUACAAUUUUUAGUUUAGGUAUUAUAAGAGAUUCAAUAUAUCAUAAUUUUUUAUUGAAUCAACCUACUUUUCAACCAUUUUUAAAUUCUAUAAUUAUAAAAUCUUUAGCUAUUGCACUUUUUGGAUUUGGUAAUAUUUUAGUUAUUUCAUCAAUGUGGGUUUUGGGUGUUACAGGAACUUAUUUAGGUGAUUAUUUUGGUAUAUUAAUGAAUGAAAGAGUUACUGGAUUUCCUUUCAAUAUUAAUAAUAAUCCAAUGUAUAACGGUUCGACUUUAUGUUUUUUAGCUACAGCUUUAUGGUAUGGUAAACCUGUGGGAUUAGUAAUAAGUGCUUUUGUUUUAAUAAUGUAUAAAAUUGCUUUAUUAUUUGAAGAACCUUUUACUGCUAAAAUUUAUGCAAAUCGUGAUGCUGAAAAUGCAAAAAAAGUUGAAUAA